CCGGUAAUUAUCGCCGUAUCUGGGCAGAAAGUUGUGCCAAAUACAGCAGCACCUAUAAGGACCGGGCGUUCUAUUCGGGAGAAGACGGUAGUGAUCACCACUUAGCCCCAGGUUAAAAAAACUCGGGUUCGAACCCAGUAGCUGUGUGCUGUGCUGGUUACACAGCCACUGAAGGAAAGCAAGAUGGUGCGACCCACCAGGGGAGCUUUCCGCAUGGAGCUCCGGUCGGAGGAAACCGAGCCCGUCGACCAGGACCAGGAGGUCACUGAGACGGAAAGCACCGGCGAGGGCCGCUCAACCCAUCUUGGAGUGAUCCGAGAUGGACUGACCACUUGCAAGAGGAGACGCCGGCGCGGCAAGAAGGGCGGGAAGAAGCGCCGCAAGGGCCGCAGACGCAGAAGACGCGCUGCCCAGCCUGAUGCUUAAGCGACAACGAUGUGCGACUACAACGUUGUGCGGCGGCCUCGGCACGUCAUCAUGGCCGCCGCACACGCCCCACCAUGUGCCCUUUCACGCAGUCGCACGCACACACCAGACCAUACCCAUCGCCUCCUCAUCAUUCGUGUCCGGUGGGGGAGAAACGCGCCGAGCAGCAGCCCACACUCCUCAUGACGCUGACAUACUCUGGCUGCCCCGGCCGUUGAUGACGUCAACAACAAUCGAGGGAAGAAGACCCCAUAGCCAAGACCCAGAGCUCGCUGGCGUGUUCAAGACACAACCCUUUCACGCAAGACCUUCAUUCUUGACGCAGCAGCCUCUCCUUCCUUUGUCUUCCUUCUUCUUCCUCUUCUUCUUCUCCGUCUUCCUUGUCGUCUCAUAGUCUUCUUCUUUUUCUUUUUCUUUUUCUUCUUCUACUUCUCCGUUCUUGUUCCCUGGUCAGUUUCACAAUUCUUCUUCUUCUGCUGCUUUCUUCUUCCCUGGUCACUUUCACAAGGCAACUGCCAUCGCCAGAGGGUCCAAGGAGGGAUGGAAAAGGACGUUUGCCUCUGCACUCUCGCGUGUCAGACAAUCAGGAGAUAGCCACACGAUCGUCUCUCUCCCCUUACCUCGUCCCAACCUCUCUCCAUUCCUGUUCCCGUCAUCAAUAUUCGUCACUUGUCUUCGCCUCCCAGAUCCUCCUCCGCAACGCUAUUCCCCUCUUUUUCUCUCUUCAUCAGGCCGACAGACGACAGUCCAAAGUCUACAUUCCAAUUCCGCCACCACAAAGGAGAAGGAAAAAGGGUAGUCCUCUCUCUUCAGAUUCGCCUUAGUUUCGUUCUGGACCGAGAGUGGGAGAUGAGUGCGUGGGUGAGUGAGUAAGUGGGUGAGUGGGUGAGGAAGAGGACGUUUCCUGUUUGCGCAAGUGGACUCUGGAUCUUGCAAUUGCAAAGACAAAGUUGCACCAAAUUUCGACUUCCCUUCGAUU